UUCAUUUCUAUUGUGGCCUUGUCCGAAUAUUCAUGUAAAAAUAUUUCAAAAUGAACUAUUUCCGUAAUUUAAAUUUAACUAAUUUUGCUUCUCCUAGUGAAGCCAUACCAGGGUUAGAAUUUAGUCUCGAUCUCAAGUUGAUUCCUGAAGGUGAUUCUAAACCUUGUUAUCAUGAAGGUUGUGGAGGUGAAAUGAUACUUCGAAGUGUCAAAGAUUCAGUUUUAGGUAAGGCUUUCGUCUGCAACGAUAGAAAAUGUCGAAAGCAAAUUAACUGGACUAGAGGUACUAUUUUUGAUGAUACGAAAUUACCGAUUUUAACAGUGUUACAAAUCAUCUUCUGCUGGGGCCAAAAUAAAAGUUUAACUAUGACUACUCAAGACCUCGGAUUAUCUAAAUCAACUUUGCUACGGAAUAAUACUAAAAUUGGAGGCUAUGAUACGUAUCAUCUUUCAAUUGAAGCAUCUACAUCACAGAAUUCAAAUCGCUGGUUUGCAAAAAUAAUGCUUACAUUAUCUGCUAAGAACAACUCUAGAUAUAGUGGUAGGAUGUAUUUCAACACUGUAGAUUUUUUAGCAAUAAGAGAUUUCUUUAUUGAAUAUUUGAGAGAUGAAUCAAAAUUCUUUACAAUAUUACCAAGCAAAAAAUCUAUCCAAAUUACAAAGGAAGAUUCAGGAAAUCUCAACUUUGAGAUUGAUGGUCAAAAAAUGAUUUUUUAUCCGGAGUAUAUUAAAUACUUAGCACAAGGAGUUUACAUGCAGAAGACCUCACAAACUAUGACAUGUCUAAAUUAUGAAAUGACACCAACACCUAUUACACGGUGGUGGUUCAAAGAAGGGUCCUUGAUUAUGGAUGUAGGCGUGGAUAGGUUCAACGACCGUGUUAAUACAAUGUAA